GCUUUGAGCGCACUCGGAGCGGGAGGGGAAAAACAAGGGGGAAGUAGUGAUAGUAAUAGUAAUAGCAGUAAUAACAAUAAUGAGGCGUCGGUAGAAGGGGUAAAAAAAGAACGGUUCCGCACGGUCGUGGACCGGUUUGUGUAGGGGGGAAAAAGCCCUUUUUUUUCAUUUUUCGAGGAAACCGAGAGCGCGUUGUUUCCCCCUCUCCCUCCCGCCCCCCUCUAACGCGACGACGCCCGGCUGCUGGGAGUUUGAACCAUGCAAGGACCUCCUUCCGGAGACAGCGCAUGCCCACUGCGCCUCAUCAGAAGGGUUCAGUUUGGUAUCCUGAGCCCAGAUGAAAUGAAACGCAUGUCCGUGACUGAAGGUGGGAUAAAGUACUCGGAGACCACCGAGGGUGGCAGGCCGAAGCUGGGGGGGCUGAUGGACCCCAGGCAAGGCGUGAUCGAGCGGACGGGAAGAUGCCAGACAUGCGCGGGCAACAUGACGGAGUGCCCGGGCCACUUCGGCCACAUCGAGCUGGCCAAACCUGUCUUCCACGUCGGCUUCCUGACCAAGACCAUGAAGGUCCUGCGAUGCGUCUGCUUCUUCUGCUCCAAGCUGCUGGUCGAUUCGAACAAUCCCAAGAUCAAAGACAUCCUGAUCAAGUCGAAGGGCCAGCCGCGGAAACGGCUGACACACGUGUACGACCUGUGCAAGGGCAAGAACAUCUGCGAGGGUGGCGAGGAGAUGGACAACAAGUUUGGAGUGGAGCAGCAGGAGGGUGAAGAGGACCUGACCAAGGAGAAGGGCCACGGGGGCUGCGGCCGCUACCAGCCCCGCAUCCGGCGGGUGGGCCUGGAGCUGUACGCGGAGUGGAAGCACGUGAACGAGGACUCGCAGGAGAAGAAGAUCCUGCUGAACCCCGAGCGGGUGUACGAGAUCUUCAAGCGCAUCACGGACGAGGAGUGCAUGAUCCUGGGCAUGGACCCCAAGUACGCCAAGCCCGAGUGGAUGAUCCUCACCGUGCUGCCCGUCCCCCCGCUGUCAGUGCGGCCCGCCGUCGUCAUGCAGGGCUCCGCCAGGAACCAGGAUGACCUGACGCACAAGCUGGCGGACAUCGUGAAGAUCAACAACCAGCUGCGGCGCAACGAGCAGAACGGCGCGGCGGCCCACGUCAUCGCCGAGGACGUCAAGCUGCUGCAGUUCCACGUGGCCACCAUGGUGGACAACGAGCUGCCCGGCCUGCCCAGGGCGAUGCAGAAGUCGGGCCGUCCCCUGAAGUCCCUGAAACAGCGACUGAAGGGCAAGGAGGGCCGUGUCCGUGGCAACCUGAUGGGCAAGCGAGUGGACUUCUCCGCGCGUACCGUCAUCACCCCCGACCCCAACCUCUCCAUCGACCAGGUCGGGGUGCCACGCUCCAUCGCUGCCAACAUGACCUUCCCCGAGAUCGUCACCCCCUUCAACAUCGACAGACUCCAGGAGUUGGUGAGGAGGGGCAACAACCAGUAUCCCGGUGCCAAGUACAUCAUCCGAGACAACGGCGACCGCAUCGACUUGCGUUUCCACCCCAAGCCCAGCGACCUCCACCUCCAGAUCGGUUACAGGGUGGAGCGUCACAUGUGUGACGGCGACAUUGUCAUCUUCAACCGACAACCCACGCUGCACAAGAUGUCCAUGAUGGGGCACAAGGUGCGCAUCCUGCCCUGGUCCACCUUCCGACUCAACCUCAGCGUGACGACCCCAUACAACGCGGACUUUGACGGUGACGAGAUGAACCUGCACCUGCCGCAGUCGCUGGAGACUCGGGCAGAGAUCCAGGAGCUGGCCAUGGUGCCCAGGAUGAUUGUCACGCCACAAUCCAACCGGCCCGUCAUGGGCAUCGUGCAGGACACGCUGACAGCCGUGCGCAAGUUCACCAAGCGCGACGUCUUCAUGAGCCGGGGUGAGGUGAUGAACCUCCUCAUGCAUCUCUCCACCUGGGACGGCAAGGUUCCCCAGCCCUCCAUCCUCAAACCCCGUCCCCUGUGGACCGGCAAGCAGAUCUUCACGCUGGUCAUCCCCGGGCACGUCAACUGCAUCCGGACACACAGCACGCAUCCGGACGAUGAGGACAACGGCCCCUACAAACACAUCUCGCCCGGAGACACCAAGGUGAUAGUGGAGAACGGGGAGCUGAUCAUGGGCAUCCUGUGCAAGAAGUCCCUCGGGACGUCAGCCGGCUCGCUGGUGCACAUCACCUUCCUGGAGAUGGGCCACGAUAUCACCAGGCUCUUCUACAGCAACAUCCAGACCGUCAUCAACAACUGGCUGCUGAUCGAAGGUCACACCAUCGGUAUUGGGGACUCCAUUGCUGAUGCCAAGACCUACCAGGACAUUCAGAAUACCAUCAAGAAGGCCAAGCAGGAUGUGAUAGAGGUCAUCGAGAAAGCUCACAACAACGAGCUGGAGCCCACGCCGGGGAACACUCUCAGGCAGACCUUUGAGAACCAGGUCAACCGCAUCCUCAACGAUGCCCGUGACAAGACCGGAUCGUCUGCCCAGAAGUCCCUGUCCGAGUACAACAACUUCAAGUCCAUGGUGGUCGCCGGCUCCAAAGGCUCCAAGAUCAACAUCUCGCAGGUCAUCGCGGUGGUGGGGCAGCAGAACGUGGAGGGCAAGCGCAUUCCCUUUGGCUUCAAGCACCGCACCCUGCCCCACUUCAUCAAGGACGACUACGGCCCCGAGAGCAGGGGCUUUGUGGAGAACUCCUACCUGGCCGGACUCACCCCCACAGAGUUCUUCUUCCACGCCAUGGGGGGCCGAGAGGGUCUCAUCGACACUGCUGUCAAAACCGCUGAGACCGGUUACAUCCAGCGGCGUCUGAUCAAGUCCAUGGAGUCGGUGAUGGUGAAGUACGACGCCACCGUGCGCAACUCCAUCAACCAGGUGAUCCAGCUGCGUUACGGGGAGGACGGGCUGGCCGGGGAGAGCGUGGAGUUCCAGAGCCUGGCCUCCGUCAAACCUUCCAACAAGACCUUCGAGAAGAAGUUCAAGCUGGAGUACAACAGUGAGCGGAAUCUGCGCCGCUCUCUGCAGGAGGACAUCGUCAAGGAGAUCCUCAGCAACGCCGCCGUGCAGAACGAGCUGGAGGUGGAGUUCGACAGGAUGCGGGAGGAUCGCGAGGUGCUGAGAGCCGUCUUCCCCACGGGCGACAGCAAGGUGGUGCUCCCCUGCAACUUGCUGCGGAUGAUCUGGAACGCCCAGAAAAUCUUCCACAUCAACGCCCGGACGGCCACGGACCUGCACCCCAUCCGUGUGAUCGAAGGCGUGAAGGAGCUGAGCAAGAAGCUGGUGAUCGUGAACGGCGAGGACCCGCUGAGCCGCCAGGCCCAGGAGAACGCCACGCUGCUCUUCAACAUCCACCUCCGCUCCACCCUCUGCAGCCGCCGCAUGACAGAGGAGUUCCGCCUCAGCGGCGAGGCGUUCGAGUGGCUGCUGGGAGAAAUAGAGGCCAAGUUCAACCAGUCUAUCGCCCACCCCGGGGAGAUGGUGGGGGCUUUGGCCGCCCAGUCGCUGGGCGAGCCCGCCACCCAGAUGACCCUCAACACCUUCCACUACGCCGGCGUCUCGGCCAAGAACGUCACGCUGGGCGUGCCGCGUCUCAAGGAGCUGAUCAACAUCUCCAAGAAGCCCAAGACCCCAUCGCUGACCGUCUUCCUGCUGGGUCAGUCGGCCAGGGACGCCGAGAGAGCCAAGGACAUCCUGUGCCGGCUGGAGCACACCACGCUGCGGAAGGUGACGGCCAACACCGCCAUCUACUACGACCCGGACCCCCAGAACACGGUGGUGUCCGAGGACCAGGAGUGGGUCAACGUGUACUACGAGAUGCCCGACUUUGACGUGACCCGCAUCUCCCCCUGGCUGCUGCGUAUUGAGCUGGACCGCAAACACAUGACCGACCGCAAACUCACCAUGGAGCAGAUCGCAGAGAAGAUCAACGCCGGUUUUGGCGAUGAUCUGAACUGCAUCUUCAACGACGACAACGCGGAGAAACUGGUCCUGAGGAUCCGCAUCAUGAACAGCGACGAGAACAAGUUCCAUGAGCAAGAGGAGGAGGUGGUUGACAAGAUGGAUGAUGAUGUCUUCCUGCGCUGUAUCGAGUCGAACAUGCUGACGGACAUGACACUACAGGGAAUCGAACAGAUCAGCAAGGUGUACAUGCACCUCCCGCAGACGGACAACAAGAAGAAGAUCAUCAUCACGGAGGAGGGGGAGUUCAAAGCACUGCAGGAGUGGAUCCUGGAGACGGACGGGGUCAGCCUGAUGAGGGUGCUGAGUGAGAAGGACGUGGACCCAGUGCGGACCACCUCCAACGACAUCGUGGAGAUCUUCACGGUGCUGGGAAUCGAGGCAGUACGCAAGGCCCUGGAACGGGAACUCUACCACGUCAUCUCCUUCGACGGUUCCUACGUCAACUACCGCCACUUGUCGCUACUGUGCGACACCAUGACGUGCCGCGGGCAUCUGAUGGCCAUCACCCGGCACGGGGUCAACAGACAGGACACCGGGCCCCUCAUGAAGUGCUCCUUCGAGGAAACGGUGGAUGUGCUGAUGGAGGCGUCUGCCCACGGUGAGAUGGACCCCAUGAAGGGGGUGUCGGAGAACAUCAUGCUGGGACAGCUGGCCCCGGCCGGCACUGGGGCCUUCGACCUGCUGCUGGAUGCUGAGAAAUGCAAAUACGGCAUGGAGAUCCCCACCAACAUCGGCGGCAUGGGCGUGGGGGGCCCUACGGGAAUGUUCUUCGGCUCUGCUCCCAGUCCCAUGGGAGGGAUGUCCCCGGCAAUGACUCCCUGGAACCAGGGGGCCACCCCGGCAUACGGAGCCUGGUCACCGAGCGUGGGCAGUGGAAUGACACCAGGAGCGGCCGGCUUCUCACCAAGUGCCGCAUCGGACGCCAGUGGCUUCAGCCCCGGUUACUCGCCCGCCUGGUCCCCCACCCCCGGGUCACCAGGGUCUCCGGGCCCCUCCAGCCCCUACAUCCCGUCUCCAGGCGGAGCGAUGUCCCCCAGCUACUCCCCCACCUCUCCCGCCUACGAGCCUCGGUCCCCCGGGGGCUACACACCCCAGAGCCCCUCGUACUCACCCACCUCCCCCUCCUACUCCCCCACCUCCCCUUCCUACUCCCCUACCUCCCCCAACUACAGCCCCACCUCCCCCUCCUACUCUCCCACCUCCCCCUCCUACUCUCCCACCUCCCCCUCCUACUCCCCCACCAGCCCUUCCUACUCCCCCACCUCCCCCUCUUACUCCCCCACCUCCCCCUCUUACUCCCCCACCUCCCCUUCCUACUCCCCGACUUCCCCCAGUUACUCCCCCACCAGCCCCAGUUACUCUCCCACCUCUCCCUCCUACUCCCCCACCAGCCCUUCCUACUCGCCCACCUCUCCUUCCUACUCUCCCACCUCCCCCUCGUACUCUCCCACCUCCCCCUCUUACUCCCCGACCAGCCCCUCCUAUUCCCCCACCUCUCCAAAUUACACUCCCACCUCCCCCAACUACUCGCCCACCUCCCCGUCCUACUCGCCCACCUCCCCCUCCUACACUCCCACCUCCCCCAACUACUCCCCCACCUCCCCCUCCUACUCGCCCACCUCUCCCAGCUACAGCCCCACCUCCCCCUCCUUCCCCUCCAGCCCCCGCUACACACCCCAGUCGCCCACCUACACCCCCAGCUCCCCCAGUUACAGCCCCAGCAGUCCCAGCUACUCGCCGACCAGCCCCAAGUACUCCCCGACCAGCCCGUCCUACAGCCCCAGCUCCCCGGAGUACACCCCCACCUCCCCCAAAUACUCGCCCACCUCCCCCAAAUACUCUCCCACCUCCCCCACCUACUCUCCCACCACCCCCAAGUACUCUCCCACCUCCCCCAAGUACUCUCCCACCUCCCCCACCUACUCGCCCACCUCCCCUGUCUACACCCCCACCUCCCCCAAAUACUCUCCCACCUCCCCCACCUACUCGCCCACCUCCCCCAAGUACUCGCCCACCUCCCCCACCUACUCGCCCACCUCCCCCAAGGGCUCCACCUACUCUCCCACCUCCCCGGGCUACUCCCCCACCUCGCCCACCUACAGCCUCACCAGCCCCGCCAUCAGUCCCGAGGACAGCGAUGAGGAGAACUGAGGAGGAGGAGGGGAAGGGGAAGGCAAGGGGAGCGAGUCUCGGGAGCUCGCCCCUCCUGUCCCGACCAACACCACCUCACCGUCACCCCUCCCCGGCUGCCGAGACCUCCAGUCUCCGACUCUUUUAUACCAACCUGGCGGAAAAAGAAAGCGGGAACCGCCAAUUCCCGGAAGGAUUUUUAACAAUUUCCAAGAAGAUUUGGAAUGAGCGGAGAUCCGAACUGUACAAUUUGAAUAUAUAUAUUUUUUGGACAUUUUUCGAUCGUGGGUGCAUUUUAAACAAAGGGGUUUUUUAGGGGGGGAAAAUAAAAGCUUUUUCUCCCCCCCCCCCCCCCUCUAAUUCCUUUCUCCACUUUAAUGCACUGGGGGAUGUGUGAAUUUAACAUUUUAAUUUCCACUCUUUUUUGAGAAUAAUAUCGCUCGGGGCCCCGUCUUCUCUGAGACCUUCCCAGAGCAGGACGGGAGGCAUCGUUCGAGCCACCGUGAUUUAUUUAUACGACGUGAUGUUUUGAGAUUUAAAGGGCGCGGGGAAGUCUUUGUUCCGCUUGGGAAGAAGCGACCCGCCAUGUGGGGAGACUGGGAGGGAUGGGGGGCUGCAAAUCUUCAACCUGACUGAUCGAUGCUCCCCUCCGUCCCCACAUCUCCGCUCAGCGCCUGCGAGCAAGCGAGGAGAAAAACCCGAUCCUUCUGGGCUUGUGUUUUGAUUUUUUUAAUUUGAUUUUGGAGGUUAUAUAUUUGCGUGGUUUGGUUUUUCUCAAAACCAACGAAUCUCGUGACUUGACCUGUGUAGAAAACUAAAAGUGGGUUUUGGUUUUGGUUUGGGAGGGUAUUGGUCACGCCGAGAAAUGUGAUUUAAGAAAAAGAAAAAGCAGCUCUCGUCGUUUGCUGGUUUGUGUACAGAUCCUCUAAUGGUCUCUUUUCCUGUGUUCUCUUUGGAAAUAUCGGAAAAGUACUUAACAAUAAAGGUUUUACUAAUUUUUGUGGA